GAAGUAAAGAAAAGAUGCAUUAACAAAAAUGAAGUUUAUUGUGGUGGGGGUGGGAGUGGGGGGUUUCCGUUUAACUCCACAGCCUAAAAGGGAAAUUGAAUGAAUUCUUUUGUAUUUAUAUUUGUAGCCCAGAAAGCUCCAGUCCAAUCUCAUUCAACCCCUUUCUCGCUUCUGCUUCUGGAUACAAUUAUACCUACAGCAUUCCUGUAUCCUGUACAUGGCUUCUUGAUAGAGGGUAAUUCAAUUCUUUCCCAGUUCGACUCUGACAUUGUUCCUCUGUUGUUUGGUUGGUGAGGAUGGUCAUUAGAUAUUGAUAUUUCAAAUUAGUUGCGAAAAAUUGGAAGGGAUGGACCAUAAAGUGGAGACUCAAGUCGACUUUCUGCAAUGUCUUGAGACAGACGUGUGCUUGUAUAUCAUGAGUUUCUUAGAUGAUCCAGGUGAUCUAGUUCGGGCAAGUGUUGUUUCACGCUCUUGGCACCAAUUUGUGAUUGCAAGUGGACUGGCAAAGCAGUUGUGCUUAAAAGCAUUCCCGCAGCUCCACAAUAUUAUUGAUGUUGUUAUUGCAAGUGAAGGGACGAUAAAUUCUAUUGAGGAAAAAACCCACAAUGCCAUGGAACGGGAGAUUCUUGAGAGGGAUCAUAAGGUAUAUGCAGCUCUACUUCAGGCCCUCACAAGAUCAAAGGUUUGUCCUAAGGAUUGCAUAGCAAAUGCAAUUAGCGCGUCCAGCACUGACAAUUACCCAGAUGAAAGUGUUGUCAAUACUCUAAAUCCAAGGGACAGAUUCAUUAGGCGGGCUUCAUACUGGUCAAGUAAAGGACAAAGUAAUCCUGAAGUGCCUGAGAUGUUAAUUUAUAAACUAAGAGCCGGAAUUUGGGUUAUUACUGAGAUCGAUAUUCAACCAUUUGAAGCUUUUUUCCAGCCGGACAAACCAAUAUACUCCGCAAAAUUUGUAAGAUUCCGAAUGGGUCAUCCAAAAUCCCCAAGAGAGAUUGGAAGUGACCUCCACCAUUUGCCAUUACAGAGACCUGCUGAUGACAAGUUUGUAUGGACUUACACUUCGCCAGAGUUUCCAAUGGUGCAGGAGAAUCGGUUGCAGCCAUUCGAGCUACCAGAACCUGUCCUUUGUGUUGGCGGAUAUUUGCAGAUUGAGUUGUUGGGUAGGGUUCAGAGACAAGAGAUGGAUGGAUUAUUCUACAUAUGUGUGUGUUAUGUUCGUGUUCUGGGACGACCCCUCUUUCCUACAUUUGAAAUGGACAUGGUCGAGCCAGAUGGAAAGCUCUUGCUCAAGUACUACCCUGAAAAUCUGACCUCUGUCCUGCAAAGCUCGUCAAGCACUGAAAUCCCUCGUCUGCGCCACCUAGAAGCAGAGAUGUUGGCGGAGCGACUAGGUUUGCUGGAAGACUUGCUGCGUGGGAUACAACAAGGGCCUAACAACCCCUUUAUUUGGGAUGAAGAUGAUGAUGAUGAAAUCAACGGCGGUCUUGUUCUGUAAUUGUGCUUAUAUGUUUGAUCUUCUCAACUCCACCCCAUUUCCAAGAGUAGGACUGUGUAUAGCUCCACCCAUGGUUUUUCUUUUUAGUGCUAAUGUUGUUGGGAACAAGAGCAUGUCUAUUGGCUUCUUAUUUCUUCUGAUAAGUUGUCUUUGAUAAA